GGGUCUGGGAAAGAUCAAGAUCAUCACCACCCAGAAUUGGGAGGUGGCAAUAGUAAUAGUAAUUUGUUUUUGUUCAAGAAUGAGGAGAUCUACAACAAGGGUUUUGAGCUAUGGCAGCAGUACUAUCAUAUGCAUCAUCAUCAUCAACAGCGUGGGGUGCAGCAGCACCAGCUGGUGGAUUUCUCCGUAGGAGUGGGGCCCAGCAGAAACGCCGGGCACGGCGGAGGAGGAGGCGGAGGGAGCAGUAGCAGUAGCGGUGGGAAUUUGGUGGGGAGUGAUGACCAGAAUCCGGGGCCGAGUUUUAGGGUUCUGAGGCAGGGAGGAGGAGGAGGUGGUGGUGGGGGGAGUAGUAGCGGCGGAGUGAAUUGCCAGGACUGUGGGAACCAGGCCAAGAAAGACUGCACUCAUCUCCGGUGCCGGACUUGCUGUAAGAGCAGAGGGUUUCAGUGCCAGACGCACGUGAAGAGCACCUGGGUCUCCGCCGCCAAACGCCGUGAACGGCAGCAGCAGCAGCAGCUCUUCUCCCUCCAGCAACACCAAACUCAGCCGCUUAGCUUCCGUGCCGAAAACCCCAAACGCCAACGUGACAGCUCUUCCCCCCUCGCCUGCACUCGCAUCACCACCACUUCUUCUGGGUUAGAAGUGGGCGGCCACUUCCCGGCGGAGGUGAAUUCUCCGGCGGUUUUUCGGUGCGUGAAGGUGAGCGCCAUGGACGACGAAGUGGACCAGUACGCAUACCAGACAGCGGUCAGCAUCGGCGGCCAUGUUUUCAAGGGAAUUCUCUACGAUCAGGGCGCGGAAACCCGGUACCCUUCCGCCGGCGGCGGCCAUGAGGGCUCCUCAGGCAGCGGCGCAGCCCAGCAACCGCUAAAUCUCAUUUCCGGCGCCGCCACUAGCCACCAGCAAGCGGCGGCAGUUGCCACCAUGAUUGACCCUUCACUGUACCCAACUCCGCUCAGUGCAUUCAUGGCUGGUACGCAAUUCUUUCCACCACCACGACCUUAAACACUGCAAAAGAUGAGAGUUUUGUUGUGUCUGUAGAGAAAGAAAGAAAGAAGGCCAAAUGGCUUCUGAGAAUGACAAAAAGAGCUUAAUUAGCUUAAACCUCCCAAUUAAUUGUUAAUCACCUUUACUAAUCACCUUAUCCAUUGACAUCCUUUGAGCAAAACAAUGACAAGGACGAGGAAACAAUGUUUGUUUGUCAACACUUUAGUUGUUUCUGUUGGGAGGUUCAAGUAUGAUUUUGCUAUGGUCAUAUUAUUAUUAGCUUAAUUACUUGAUUAAUUGGUAAUAAUAAUGUAUGAUGAUUCAUCUUAUGGAUAACAUAACUCCAUAUUUAUUGUACUUUUAUGGGACAUCUUCAAUCCUGUCUUCUCGGAAUUCAAAUCAAUUCUGGUUUACCUUAUCGUGGUUUCUGUUGACUAGAAUCAUAAGGCGGGCUUUACAUAGAAUCUCCACACCUUCAGAUAGUAUUGAGGGUUUUCCGGAAAUCAAAGAAUUUAAAUGAACUG